GAUUCCUUCAGGUUCUCCUUAGAAGUCUCCUUGUUUACCUUGCUCUGGGGCUUUUCAUCUACAAUUUGCUUGCAUGUCGUUUGUACAGGUUUCUGUGUACAGCAUACCAGCUCCAUACCACUCCGAGCAGGCGGCUGGACAGGAAAGUCCGCAUCUUCACUAUUGCCAGCCUUACCAAGAAGGUGUGUGUCAGAAGUAUUGUUUCCUCAAAUGGAUGAGGUUGCAUUUCUGGAAGAGGUGGCUUCUAGGAGUAUUACCUAUGAUUUCUUUAAUAGUUACAAUAAUUGUGCUGGUCCUGCCCUAUUCAUUCACUCCAGCUUUCUCCUUUAUGUAUAUUGGUGGAAGUGUAGAAAUCCCUAAUUUAACAUAUACAAAUGACCUCACUGAUCAAAAGUCACAGAAAUUCCUCCUGCAAGCAGAAGCAAUCCAAAAUUACUUUGCAGAGUUAUACAAGUCUUCCACCUUGGGAAAGUAUUACUUGAAGUCUGUAGUGGCUGCUUUCAGUGAACGAGAGUCCGGACUUCGAGCUUAUUACUGGAAUACAUUCUGGGCACCACAAGAUAUGGCUGAUUCUCUUAAAAAACUAACCUCAAAGGGGCAAAAAGAGAUCAGUAGUAAACAAGCACCUCACAUGUUCAGUUCUUCAGAUCUCAUUACAAUAGAGCUUUCUGUUUCAGAUUCCACAGAAUACGAUGUGAUGCUAAAAUCAGCAGUAUCCUUUGACCUGUAUGCAAAGCCAGGUAACAACAGGACUGUAACUCUGAUGAAUCCCAAGAAGUCUUUUUAUCAGUGGAGGCUGCGAGUUCCUUCUGACUAUGUGGUGAGACUGGUAGUUACUACUUUGCGUGGUGUCACUCCAGGGAGCUGUGCAUCACACCAGUUAUCAGCAUAUGAUUUCCUUCUUCCUCUGCAGAACAAGAUCAUUACAAGAUGGUGUGGGCCUGGGGCCUGGACUCCUCCUGUUGUACGUUUAACUUCAUUGAGUAAUGUAAUGUUGCUUACCUUCUCACUGGACUGAAGAGAAGAAAGGAACGUCCUAAAAGCUCACUUUCAAGCCAUCCCUAAAAUCAUGUGUGGUGGGCAUUUUAUCUCCUGGAACGGGACACUGAGUUCCCCUUAUUACCCGAGUUACUACCCACCAAACAUUGACUGCAGCUGGAUCAUCCGAGCACCAUUGCCUGGCUACAAGCUGUCAUUAAAAAUCCUUGUAAUACAAAUUCAAGAGAAGUCUCCAGGGUCCAGUAAAUGUGAUAAGGACUGGUUAGAAACUGAUGGAGUUAGAUACUGCAAAGCCAUUUCAGAAAGCAACAGAAAUAAAGAAUAUGGCUAUUCUGUUGCAAUCAAAUUCCAUUCUGAUGAACUGGUUACCCACAGAGGGUUUUAUAUUGAAUACAAAGCCUUCAGUCACACAGACUCUUGUUCUCGACAAUUUAAAUGUGCAGAUAGAACACGCAUUCCUUCAAGCAAUCAAUGUGAUGGCUGGAAAGACUGCUUAGAUGGGAGUGAUGAAUUAGAUUGUGACUGUAAUCCAGAACAGCUGAACUGUGGCGAUGGGAAGUGUAAACAUAGGUAUAACACUUGCAAAGGUGAUGACAGCUGUGGGGAGGACAGUGAUGAAAAUGACUGCUCCUACAAAAGUUGCUCCCGUUAUGCUUACAAGUGCCUUAAUGGAAAAUGUCUGCUGAAACCGAAUCCUGAGUGUGACGGAAUAAGAGAUUGUGCAGAUGGAUCUGAUGAAAUGAACUGUGGUGUGUUGUUUCUGUUAGCUUGUGGAAGACACUGGUUUAAGAAAAAUAGAAUUGUUGGAGGUGAAGAAGCAAGAUCUGGAAAGUGGCCUUGGCAAGCAAGUUUACAGAUGGGAGCACAUGGCCAUGUAUGGGGCGCUUCUGUUAUUUCAAGCAGAUGGCUCAUAUCUGCUGCCCAUUGCUUUCUGGAUUCUGAUUCUGUAAGAUACUCUGUUCCUUCCGGAUGGAGAGCGUAUAUGGGCUUACGCACCAUUAAUGAAAACAGCAAUCUCGUGGCUAUGAAAUCAAUCAAAAGGAUUAUUAUCCACCCACAAUAUGACCAAUAUAUCUCAGACUAUGACAUUGCCUUGUUGGAAAUGGCGACACCAGUAUUCUUCAGUGAGCUGGUACAGCCCAUUUGUUUACCCAGCACCUCUAGAGUAUUUGUUUAUGGAGCUGUCUGCUAUGUAACUGGCUGGGGAGCCAUAAAAGAAAACAGUCAUCUUGCCAAAACACUGCAGGAAGCUAGAGUGAAAAUAAUUAACCAAAGUGUUUGCAACAAACUGUAUGAUGAUCUGAUCACAUCGCGUAUGCUGUGUGCUGGCAGUCUUAAUGGUGGCAUUGAUGCAUGCCAGGGAGAUUCUGGAGGUCCUUUAGCCUGCACGGGAAAGGGAAAUAGAUGGUACCUUGCUGGCAUUGUGAGUUGGGGUGAAGGAUGUGCUCGGCGCAAUCAUCCUGGUGUAUAUACUAAGGUGAUGGCAUUUUAUGACUGGAUUCGUCAGAACACAAGCUGAUGUGCCAAAGAGAAAAUGCAAAUCAUCUUCCUUGUGAAAGCUGCUUUCUACAAUAAUUUAUUAUGUGCAUCUCUGGCAAUAUAACAAGAAAAAGCCAUUGGCUUGCUCUUUUUGGAAAAAAGCACUUUUUUUGAUGCAGAAACUAUCAUUUCCUAUUCACCUGGCAGUAACUGUUUGGAUUCAGAGCAGUGGCACGAGAUUCCUUAUGGAUUCAUCUUCAUUAUCCCCAGCAGCAGAAACAGUGCUGCCUUAAAAAAUACAAAAUAAAAUGAAUUAAAACCUCUAACAAAAAUCCAUCGAAAACUUUCCUUUAGAGAUCUUCUCCCUUCAUUCCAUCUCUGAGAUGUCCCUCCCUCCGCCCCUCCCCCAUGUGUAUGUGUGUACAUAUAUAUAUGUAUAAACACACAUAUGUGUCUUUAUACAUAUAUACAUCCCAUAUACACUCACAUAUGUUCCCUUGAUGAUGUUACAGGAUUCUAAACAUAAAUAAUUCUUUCCUGUUUCUUCAAAAUACAACUAUUAUGAUCAGUGUAGUGUACAAAACUGAGGUGAGUUCAUUCUGCAGUGACGCUGCUACUUCAUGACUGUUCCUUUCUGGGCUGUAAUUUUUGGGUUGUCUCCUGUGAUUUUUUAACACCACCAAACAUAUGGCUCAGGUACGUUAGGGUGCAGGAAACUUUCUUUAAAGGACUGAAAGAGCAUCAUUCAGUUUCUUAUGGAUGAUAGUUAAAUAAGAGGAAGGAAAUACUGAGUUUUAAUUAAGCAAAAGGAAACUGUAUAAAGGAAAAGUAUUGAGAAUUAUGUUUUGAUUGAGUUCCAAAAGAAGCCUCCUUCAAAACCUCAUAAAUUACUAGUUCCCCAACAGAAUGUCAAGAAUUCACAAAACUGUCACAUUCUGGUCUCUUUACAGGCUUUAUGGACACGUUUAUCCAUGUAACUGAUUAUGGUAAUAUUAUAUCUUUCAGUUAGUUCUCCUUUAUAUUAGACUUCAGUGAAAUCACCAAAAACAGAUUCACUUCCUUUAAAAAUAGGACUUGGAGACAGAUCUCAGCAAGACUCUGACACUUGCACAGGAACAUGAGUUGGUAAACAUCCAGACUUCAGGACAUAUAUUUCUUUCUUUGUUGCCCUCACUCCCAAUGGCUGAGGGCUAACCUAGCACUUGUGAGUAGUGUGUAAUGAUCAUAGUGGCACUGUGCUGUGAUGCAUCAGGCUUCAAACAAGCAUGAACUUGGUGCCUGGGUGAUAAUAGAAGGCCGAUGCCUCGGUGGCUUCACCCUAGUAGGGUGUCAGGAACUGCACACACACCUGACUAAAGAGGUGUAUGACUAGACCUGUCCAAGGAGAGAUGGUACCACACAUGCAGGACUACAUGAAACAGAAUGGUGGCAUUUCUCCUGGGGCGUCUGCAGGCAGUCUGUUUCAAGAUUACUGCUCUGCAAGGAAGUCUUUCUUGUUGAACCAGUCUUCUGAUACAAACAAGCAAAAUCUUGCAGCUUCUUAGUCCAAGAUGGUUCUUAUGUAUCUUGGCUUUUUGCCCAGUCUUUGGUGCUUUCACACAUUCUCUUUAAAGCUUUGACCGUAGCUAUGUAGGAACUGAUGUCUGCAAUGAGUGACGCAUGCAUUUCCCCAGCUUCUGCUCCAGCACGCUCUGUGGACAGCCUCCUGGUGGGUUCCCACUGCUUUCCCUGGCAUCCUUGGUCUGCGGUGAGGAGAGUUUCAGGAUCAGGUCUUUUUGUUUGGUCUUUCUUCCUCGCCAGAAGAAAGGGCUGUAUCUGUGUGGCCAUACUGGCAUCGAAAGGGACAUAAAGAAAAAAGAAUUUAUGGGGUUGCAUUCAUCCUUGAUCGCAAAGAAAGUGGUGGAGGAAGUGACAGCCACAUCUCUGUCACAAGAUCAUUUCUUUAACCCUAGCAGUAAAUCCAGCAGUGGAAGAAAUAAUCUGAUGAGCUGAUCAGCCCAAACCUAGCUGAUUUAAGGUUUCCAAAGGUAUUUAUGAGAUUGAAGAAUGCUGGCAUUCAGUUUAAUAGAAUAUCUGUUUGCACUUCCUAGACAGUCUUAAAGUUGUGCUCAGUAUUUGGGAGUAUUUAGCUUUCACCUUUACAGUAUAAAAAAAAACCAAACAUGAAACUGGCAGCAUGAAUAUCAGUCCUUGCUAGCCACACCACAUUUUUUUUUCCAGUGGUAUGUAAACAUGUGAUUCUUGUUCAGUUUCAGACCUGCCUUCCAGCAGCAUGUGGGGAAGGCCCCUGGCUGGCACUAAUAGACACACAGUGGGAUUCCUGUAUCUGACACCUAUAUUACUUGCCCUUCCUUUCUUGAGUUAGUAUUGGGUACUUUUCCCCCACAAUGCUUGUGUUAAACUUACAAAUACUGCAUGAGCUAUACAUAAAUGAUAUUCUUUGGGUAUUUUAGUAUCUCUAAAGGCUAGUCUGUCAUUCAUUUCUUCCUUUUUAGUAAAUGUGCUAAAUAAGCAAGUGCCUAUGUUUUAUUCAUUGGAUUGGGCCUCUGAAACUUCUAAUCCCUGGGGGUGAUCAGAACUACAUUUGUACCUCCGAGUUUCCUCUUUUUGUAAAGUUGGGCCAAGAUUUGCUUAUUUUACUAAAGCACACAUUUAUGAUUGUGUGUUUCUGUUCCUUGUGUUGAAACCAGAGAUAUCUUCACUACAGAAAACAGUUUUCCUGCUGUUUUGUUCUAGAUAAGAGCAUAGGCCAGAAAGUUCAGAUCAGUUCUCAACUUCCCAUUUUCUUUAACGGCUUCUCAGUUUCAUGUGUGAGAGAAGUCUGUUAGUUUAUGUGCAAGUAAGGCAUCAAGUGUGGAUCUCAAUUCAGGCCACACUAAAGAAAUUCCAGUGUUUGUAUGGCGCUCCUUCACAGAUUAAAAUAAAUGGACUUUGGCUUUU